CAGCUCCGACCUGGACAAGAUCCCUAUGGAAGAGCUGCCCAAAAUGGAGAGCAAAGACGUCCAGCAGCUCUUCAAGGACGUGCUGGGCUCCGCGGAGCGCGGGGAGCAGCCCCUGAACUGCGUGGCGGCGGGCACGGAGGCCGGCGUCGCAGGGCAGGACCCCGGCCGGGCGCAGCUCUCCCAGCGGCCCUUCCUGCAAGGAGACCUCCAGCUGCCGGGACAGGGAAGCGUUUCCCUGGGCUCGCUCUCCGGCUCCGUCUCUUUGGAUUCGUAUCCGGGUGUCUGCCAGUCCCCGUUCCUUGAUAACAGGGAGCGGAGCGGCUUCUUCAGCCCGGACCACUGUGAGCCCGAAAGCCCCUGGGCCAGCAGCUCGGCCGCCACCACCCCCUCGACGCCCACAACACCCACCACGGAGGGCGAGGGCGACGGCCUGUCCUACAACCAGCGCAGCCUGCAGCGCUGGGAGAAGGACGAGGAGCUGGGCGAGCUCUCCACCAUCUCGCCUGUGCUCUACGCCAACAUGAACUUCCCCAACCUCAAGCAGGAUUAUCCAGACUGGUCGAGCCGCUGCAAACAGAUCAUGAAGCUCUGGAGAAAGGUCCCCGCCACAGACAAAGCCCCCUAUUUGCAAAAGGCCAAAGAUAACCGGGCAGCUCAUCGCAUCAACAAGGUGCAGAAGCAGGCCGAGAGCCAGAUCAACAAGCAGACCAAAGGGGAGGGACUGCGCAAGCCCGAGCGGCCCUCGCGGCACCUGCGGAUCCCGGUGCCGCCGGGGGCCCAGCCCCUGUACAUGGGCAGCCCCCCGGGCGCGGGCGAGGGCUUCCUCAAGCCCCCAGCGGGCGCCGGAGCAGGGCCGGAGUCUCCCAGCGAGCUCUUCCUCAAGCUGCCGCCCCAGUCUCCCGCCCAAGUGCCUUCGCACGAUCCCUACGGCGCGGCGCCCGCCUACGCGCCGGAGCCGCGCUUCCCCUCGCCCUUGGGCCAGAGCCCCACGGCGGCGCACGUGGCCGCGCGCCCACUGCCCCCCGGCGCCACCCUCCGCCCCGACGGCCCCAAGGACGGUCCCGUGCCGGACCCUGCACCGGCUCUUGCCCCAGGCAAGAGCCACCUGGGCCUGGAAGGGGGGCGGCUGCCCUGCGAGGUGCCCGUGGAGCCCGAUUUGGACGAUGACUUUGGCUCCCACAAGGACCUGGAAGACGACGAUUUGGCCAACCUGAGCCUGGACCCGGAUGUGGCUAAAGGGGACGAUGACCUGGACAACCUGGACAAUCUGGAUAAAUUUGCUGCCGAGGACAUCAUGGACCCUAUCGCCAAGGCCAAGAUGGUCGCGCUGAAGGGCAUCAAGAAGGUGAUGGCUCAGGGCAGCAUCGGGGUAGCACCGGGCAUGAACAGGCAACAGGUCUCCCUGCUGGCCCAGCGGCUCUCGGGAGCCCCGGCGGUCUCGGAGAUGCAGAACCACAUGUUGGCAGGAGGCAGCCAGGACCGGAGCGGCGCCGACCCGAGCCAGGCUCGCCCCAACCCGCCCAGCUUCGCGCAGGGCGUCAUCAACGAGGCCGACCAGCGGCAGUACGAGGAGUGGCUCUUCCACACGCAGCAGCUGCUGCAGAUGCAGCUCAAGGUGCUGGAGGAGCAGAUCGGGGCGCACCGCAAGUCGCGCAAGGCCCUGUGCGCCAAGCAGCGCACGGCCAAGAAGGCCGGCCGUGAGUUCCCCGAGGCCGACGCCGAGAAGCUGAAGCUGGUGACGGAGCAGCAGAGCAAAAUCCAGAAGCAGCUGGACCAG